UGAACCCUCCAUAACCGGAGGUAGAGCGAGCGAGAUAGAGGAGCAGCGGAAGAGUGGGGAAAUCGGCGAUGGCGUCGGGCUUCUCCUUCAGUUCCUCGACCAUGUCGUCGGGCUUCUCCUUCAGUCCCUCGACGAUGUCGUCGUCCUCCUUCUCCUCCUCCUCAUCCUCCCAGAACCAGGGAUUUUCCUUCUCCCAGGCUCCAUCAUCCUCUUCGGCCCCUUUCUCCUCCUUCUCCUCCUUGCCUUCCUCCGCCCCUUCCUCCCCCUUCGGCUCGUCGUUUCUCAGCGCCUCAGCGGCCUCAUCAACUGCCCCCGCUUCUAGUUUUUUUCCCGGAUCCGCCGCCGCCUCCGCUUCCAAACCCUUCUCCUUCUCCUUUGGCUCCGCCCCCUCCUCGUCAUCGGCCGCGCUUUCCUCCACUCCGAGCCCUUUCAUUGGGUCAGUCUCGUCGCCUUCCCCGUUCGGAUUCGGAUCCUCCGCAUCCUCCUCGUCAUCGGCCGCGCUUUCCUCCACUCCGAGCCCUUUCUUUGGGUCAGUCUCGUCGCCUCCCCCCUUCGGAUUCGGAUCCUCCGCCUCCUCCGCUCCAAGCCCUAGUUUCGUGUCCGCUUCGUCUCCGUCCCUCUUUGGGUCCGGUUCCUCUUCUGCCAGCUCCUCCUCCUCCUCCUCUUCUUCGGCUGCGGCCCCAUCGGUCUCCGCUUCGCCGGUGUUCGGUGCUCCCGCCUCUUCUGCUCCGUCCUCGACAGCAACCACUCCAUCCUUCCCUUCCUUCGCUCCCUCUUCCUCCUCAGCAAUAACAUUAGCCCCGUCCUUCCCUUCCUUGUUCCCAUCAUCUUCCUCCGCCUCCGCCGUCUCUUCUUCAUCUUCCUCCUCUUCAACCCCUUCGUUCUCUUUCGGAAGCGGCUUGUCUUUCUCCAAGGGCUCUGCACCACCAACCGCUACCCCUUUAUCAGCACCCGCACCAGCCACGACCUCUGCCUUGUCAUCGACACCAUCUGGUUUAUCGGCUUCCCAGCCUUCCUUUGGCUUCGUCCAUGCAGCUUCUUCUGCUGCGACUGCUUCGGCUGCAUCUACUCCAGCAGCCUUCUCCAGCACCGGAGGUGCCAAAUCCUUUACUUUAUCCUUCAGUUCUUCUUCCAUGUCCUCUGUAUCCUCAGCAGCAGCAACGGCUGCAGCCACAAGUGUCACAGUCUCUACAGCAGCAACCACGACUCCUCCUGUCUCAAUUCCCUCGCUGUUCACUUCACAAGCCUCCACUUCCGCCGCAGCUACACCCUCUGUCCCUGCUUUAGGAUUCACCUCGACUUCUGCAGCGGCUGCUACGCCCGCAGCCGUGACGUCAGUUGCCAGCACUCCAGGGUCCAGCUCUUUUCCUAGUUUUGUUCUACCUACUGCCUCCUCACCCGCAUCGACAACAAAAUCAUCUCCACUUCAAUCCACAGCUGCUGCUGCAGCAUUUGGUGUUUCCACUACAGCAUCAGCAAGUGCAUCGAGUUCCAGUUCCACCACAACUCAAGCAUCUUCUUCAAGCAUUCAAGCUAGUAGUGGCGGGCCCAUUAGCUCUACAACAAGUUCGCUGACACCCCAAGCACCCAAGUUACCAUCAGAGAUUCCUGGCAAAACUGCUGGAGAGAUUCUCAAAGACUGGAAUUCUGAGCUACAAGAGCGGACAGCCAAAUUUCAAAAGCAGGCAACUGCAAUAGCUGAAUGGGACAGACGGAUUCUGCAAAACCGAAAUGUUCUUAUUAGGCUUGAGGCCGAGGUGGCAAAGGUUGUAGAGACACAAACUAGCUUGGAGCGGCAGUUAGAGUUGAUUGAAACUCACCAACAAGAGGUUGAUAAGGCUUUGCAAAGCAUGGAAGAAGAAGCUGAGCGUAUAUACAAGGAUGAACGCGGGCUGCUUCUUGAAGAUGAGGCUGCUUCUGCGAGGGAUUCAAUGUAUGAAAGGGCUGAAUUUAUCGAGAGGGAAAUGCAACAGAUGGCUGAACAAAUAAAAUCAAUUAUCCAAACAGUAAACACUAGUCAGGGAGGUGAGUUUGAUGUGGUUGAUGGUAUGACUCCUAUUGAUGUUGCUGUUCGGGUAUUAAACAAUCAACUGAGUUCACUAAUGUGGAUCGAUGAAAGGGCUAAUGAAUUCUCUACCCGGAUUCAGAAACUGGCCAAUCGUGGUGCUGUUGUGGAACGCGAUUUGACAGGUCCAAGGUUCUGGUUGAAUUGACUUCAGGAUCUUGGGGAUAAAAAGAAUUUAUCAUGCAUUGCAUGAGCUCAGGCAGAGAAAUCAGAGACGAAUUCUAGGUUGCAGCGUAAAAACAUGGGAUAUUCCUUCUCUUUCGUUCUGAGUAUUAAUCAGUAUCUGGUAGGUUCUGACCCGAUGUCGGCGUAGUUGCAAAUGAUCUGCUGGGCAUGGACAUUUGAAAACGCGAAACAGAAAGUUGUAAAAUCUUUCAAUUUUCACAUGGAAUUUUUUGGUAGAAGACGUACCGGGAUUUAGAAGGUGCAUGCUUUCAUAAAAUGGUAUGUUCUAUUUUCCGGAAUUCCUUAGCUAGCUACUCUUGCUCUAGAAGGUAUGCGAAGAUUUUAGAUCUACAAGAUUCUAAGCAUUCAUGAGUUGUCGAUAAUGUAUAAAAGCUGAAUCUUAAGCCGUUAA